AUGCCACGUUCGUUUUUAGUAAAGAAGAUAAAAUUAGAUGACUUUUCAUCCAGUGGGAUUUCAGCUUCAAAUUAUCAUCACUUUGAUGAUCCAUGCGUCCUGGGCCAGUCUCUCUCCAGCACUGUUGGAACCCUGACAGUCCCUGUAACCGAAAAUGGUUACAUAGAACACUGCAUAACCUCUUCCAGCUACAAGACUGAAAAAAAGCGAAGUUCUAAAUUUUUGCCUUCAGACCCAGACUAUACUCCAGCACACGAUGAUUACAGCGAGCCAGACAGCCCACAAUCCAGUCUUUCUGCUGGAUACUUUAGUGGAGAAGCUGCAGUUACAGACAGCUACUCUAUGGAUGCUUUUUUUAUCACAGAUGGCCGUUCGAGAAGGCGCAGUGAAAGUCGUGGAAGUCAGCGCCACACAUGCAAUGAGUGUGGGAAGACCUACGCCACCUCCUCCAACCUCAGUCGGCACAAGCAAACUCAUAGGAGCCUAGACAGUAAAAUGGCAAGGAAAUGCGAAACAUGUGGCAAAACAUACGUGUCAAUGCCAGCUUUGGCUAUGCAUCUACUGACUCACAACCUCAAACACAAGUGUGACGUUUGCGGAAAGGCUUUCAGUCGACCAUGGCUUCUACAGGGCCACAUGCGUUCCCACACGGGCGAGAAGCCUUUUGGCUGUGCUCACUGUGGAAAAGCCUUUGCAGACCGCUCCAAUCUCCGUGCACACAUGCAAACGCACUCAGCCUUUAAGCACUACAAGUGCAAACGUUGUGAGAAAACAUUUGCACUCAAGUCAUAUCUUAACAAGCAUUACGAAUCAGCCUGCUUCAAAGGCUCAGAGCAUGAGUGUGUUGUGCAGAGUUAA